UUUAACGUGAUAGAAUUUAAAGUAACAAAUAACAAUUGAUCCUGUAAUGUCAGUACAUAAUUUGUAAUAAUUUGAAUAGCGUUCAAAUACAAUUAUUUGGAAAUUUUAAGCAAAAAGAUCACUUAUAUCGAUAAAUUUUAUAAGUCGAAUCGUUUUUUCGAGAUUACUUUUUGUUUUGGUCGUCUUGACAACGUGUUUAUUGGAAAUGCUAAGCGCAAAAAGUGGAUUUUCUGUCAAACUUUUUCGACGGCACGAAGACUCAAGUUUAGUUUGCCAUGAAAAUAUUAUUCCCCUUUCAUUUCCAAGGAACGAGAUAAUUACGUAUAUUCGUACAGCUCGAUACUAUGAACAUUAGAAAAGCAGAAUCGAUUAGCACACUGACCGAACAUGAGGACGAACUUGACGACAUCGAGGGAUCAAUUAUUUGGUCUCAGGAAGAGCCGCUAUCGUCGAACGAAAUUCUCGAAUUGACUCCCGAUACCGGGAAACAAAAUCGAUUGAAAUCUUUCUGUCGUUUAUGCGCAGGAGAAACUCUUAAUCCUAUUUAUAUUUAUUCGGAAUUUGGCGAAUCCUUGAGACUGUUGCACAAAAUAAACACAUGUUUAAGCAUCAAGGUAAAGAAAACUGAUCCUCUUCCAAAACAGAUUUGUCCGACGUGCGUUGAAAAAAUUAUAUGGUGCAAUGAAUUCGAUGCCCAGUGUAUUAGGGCGGAAGAAACUCUUUUUGAAAUUUUAAAAGAUAAACAUUCUUUUACGAAUACUCGGAAUUCUGAAGAUGCCCUGGAGAAUAGUGAUUCGUGUCCUUUAUGUAUAGAAGGACGAAUGAAGGUGUACGAAGAGGACAAAGAAAAUCGAACGGAUGUAGAAUUAUACGAUAGUGAUAUUAUUCUUGAAAGUAGCGACGAAGAACAAAUUCCGAACGAGAUUAAAGCCGAUAAAGAGCUCACAAAUGAAUCUGUAACUCUAUUUUGCUUGGGUACCAAACAAAAAUAUCUAAAAUGUGGAGCUUGCAUGAAUCUAUAUCAUACGAAAGAGACCCUGGACGAGCAUAAAUGCAAACCUAAUUUACAAUGUACCUCUAAGCCGUAUAAAUGUGACAUUUGCUUUGCCACUUUUACGUUUGAAGAACGAUUACAAUUUCAUCAAAAUUUUCAUAGAAAUGCUAAAGCGUUAUAUUGUGAAAUUUGCAAGAUUACUUUUGGAAAAGAGCUAAAAUUGUUCUACCAUUAUAAGAGAUACCAUUGUAAAGAUGGUAGAGUAUCUUGCUUGCAGUGUGGAAAGUUAUUUGAAAAUCAAGAAGGAUUAAGAAAACAUGUUUGCGUAGAUGGAAAAACAAGACCUCACGUAUGCGAGGUGUGUUCUAAAGGAUUUUGUGAUGGAUACACUUUAAAGCGGCAUGUAGUAACUCACCUUCCAGAAAAGCCGUAUAAAUGCCCCGAAUGCUCGAAAAGUUUCACGCAAAAGUCAAGACUGAAUAAACACGUCGCUGGACACAGCAUUGUUUUUGAGAAUAGUCAAACAAUUUGGAGGUAACAUAUUUAUUUUUGUAUCGUGUUUUACCAAUACGGAAUAGUUUUUCUUUUCGUAUACGAAGGUGCGUCCACUGCGGAGAAGUAUUUGGAACUUGCGAGUGUGCGGACGAGCAUUGUAAAAGUCAUGAAGGGAAAAUUAGCUUUAUCGAAGAAU